AUGGCAGGAUACCCGGGACAGCGCCCCUACGGCGGUGGCCCGCCCGCGCCUCGUCCCGGCCCUGGACCCGGCCCUGCGCCUAUGCCCCGGGGCGCUCCUCCUCCCCAGCAGUACGACAACUACCAGCAGGACGGCUACGGCUAUGACUACUACGAUGACGGCGGCUACGGCCCAGACUACGGCGGAGGAUACCAAGACCAGAACUACGGCAGAGGCCCGCCGCCUCCGAACCAGGGCUACCCGCAGCAGGACUACUACGGAGGCGGCCCUCCUCCCAAUGGCCCGGGAAGAGGAGGACGCCCACCGCCACAGAUGGGAAGAGGAGGCCCGAUAGCUCGUCCUCCGACUGCAGACGGAGCUCGCGGAGGCUACCCGCCUGCUCGCGGAGGCCCUCCUGGCCGAGGAGGGUUCCCCAUGGGACGAGGGGGUAGACCUGGUCCCUAUGAGCGAUCGGCGAACUCAGACCCCGCUGCAAACCGACCUCGACCGCAAGACGGCGGCCCCAUCAGCCCCCCAGGCGCAGCGGGUUUUGGCGGCGGCGCUUUUCCCUCCUUCCCCGGACAAGGUCGCAAGACAGAUCUCGACGAGGAAAAUGCGAUUCUCAAUAAGAUGGCUGGCAUUGACCUCGGGGCGCAAGGCCCCCCUCCCAGACAGCCGAACGGCCGAGGGCCACCCCCGCCACGAGGAUACCCAGAUCCGAGACGCGGCCCAGAUCCGGGCUACGGAGGCCGGGACGAUGGUUACGGGCCGCCAGGGCCACAGGACAACUUCGGGCCCCCAUCCCGGAGCAUGACCAUGCCGGUCAACGAGCCGAUGCAAAGACGCGGGCCGCCGCAUAGGCAGGACACGUACGGCGGGCCCGGAGGAGCUGCAGGACCCGGUGGACCGGGAGGACAGCCCCGAGGUGGAGUUCCUCCCAGACCGUCGACGGCGCAGGGCAACAGAAUGCCACCACAGCGCAUGUAUCCUCCCAACCCGCCGCCGCCAGCUCAGAACGGAUACGAUGGGUAUGAUGGCGGUCAGGACGGUUACCGGGACACUAGGGCUUCCUUCGGUGACGUCUAUGACGCCUACUACCAGCCUUCGCGGAUGAGCAAUCAGAGCGCUCACAGCAAUGCCGACUACAGAGGCCAGGCAGGUGUUCCUGACUUUGACGCACAGCCAUCGCAUCGCCCGCGCGGCUCCUUUGACCAACACAUGAGGCCCGGCAUUGCGGAGCACACUCAGCCGGGUGCUAAGCGCAUGCCGGAGAUGAGCCGCACAAAGUCACAGCCGGAUCUCAGACAGUCACAGCAGGCCGUGUUCGAGAUGGCCGGCGACGCCCCGCCGAUGCCGAUGCCGCCGGUGGACGCAGGCUACCAGGACGGUUACCACGGACCAAAUGGCUGGGACCAACCGCAACAACCGCAGCAACCGCCGAACCCGCCGCAGAUGGGACGUCCUGGUCUGCCUCAUGGCCCGUCUCCUAGCCGCAGCGGCGAUUCCCUGCCAUCCCACCCGACUCCUGUUCGUCCUGGCCACAUGCCCAACUCCAUGGUCAGCAUGAACGAUAAGCCAGCGCCUGUCCGCAACUACAACGGUGGAGGCCCACUCGGGGGACCCACACCUCCCGGUGGCCCUGGUGCACCGCCGCCGCAGCAGAUGGCUCCUCAGCAGUCCAACACGCCGUCGUUCACGGAAGCUUCGACGCCGGUAACGCAGGAGGAGCUCGAGAGGUUGCGCCAGAUCGUCAAGACGAACCCGAACGACCAGGAGUCUGCUCUGAGACUCGCCAAGAGGUUGGUAGAGGCCGCAGACACCCUAGCGCCUCAUCUGGCCGAUCCGAAGAUGAGAGUCCGUGCCCGCGAGAAGUAUCUUAUGGACGCGAACAAGAUCCUGAAGAAGCUCUCGAACGCGCAAAAUUCCGACUCCAUGUUCUUCUAUGCCGACUGCCUCGGUCGCGGUCUCUUUGGCAUGGAGCCCGACAACAAGGAGGCCUUCACCCUGUACCAGUCGGCUGCCAAGCUCGGCCACGCGGCGGCAGCGUACAGAACGGCCGUGUGCUGUGAGAUUGGUCACGAAGAAGGCGGCGGUACGAGGAAGGACCCUCUCAAGGCGAUUCAGUGGUAUAAGAGAGCUGCAAUGCUGGGAGACACUCCUGCCAUGUACAAGGUGGGCAUGAUUCUGCUCAAGGGACUUCUCGGUCAGCCCAAGAACCCGCGCGAGGCUGUUGGUUGGUUGAAACGAGCUGCCGAACGCGCCGACGCCGAGAACCCGCACGCCCUGCACGAGCUGGGUCUGCUGUACGAGUCCGCAGCUCCCAACGAUGCCAUCAUCAAGGACGAGCCGUACGCCUUCUCACUGUUCAGGCAGGCGGCGGAUCUCGGUUACAAGUUCUCUCAAUACCGCCUGGGAUGCGCCUACGAGUACGGCCUCAUGGGCUGCCCGAUAGACCCGCGGCAGUCCAUCAUGUGGUACUCCCGCGCCGCGCAGCAAGGCGAGCACCAGUCCGAGUUGUCGCUUAGUGGAUGGUACCUCACUGGUAGCGACAACGUACUACAGCAAAGCGACACGGAGGCGUACUUGUGGGCUCGCAAGGCCGCCAUGGCUGGCCUCGCAAAGGCCGAGUACGCGAUGGGCUACUUUACUGAAGUAGGCAUCGGCGUGCCGGCCAACAUGGAGGACGCCAAGCGGUGGUACUGGAGAGCGGCUGCGCAAGACUUCCCCAAGGCUCGCGAGCGCCUCGAAGACCUCAAGCGCGCCGGCAAGAACGGACCGCGACAGCGCGAGCGCAUCUCCCGCAGCAAGAUCGGCAAGCAACAGGAAGGCGAGUGCUCCGUCAUGUAA